AUACACGUGGUAUACGACUGGCUGGGCGGUAGCUCUUACUUUAUCAAAAGCCGUAUAUACAGGAAACAAAUAGCCGUGGAGACAAUUCUACUUACUCGUGCAGUGGCCCUUUCAGGCAAUGUCAGACAGCUUAUCGGAAGACCAGAAACAGGAAGGAAACCAACCCCUUAUGACCACCACUCACAUAUAUAUUGAUCCACGGCCUGAACAGGCAUUUGCAGAAGCUUGUGAAAACCAGAAACAAGAAGGAAACCAAUCCACUAGCCCUACUGUUUCGCCUCGGCUUGAUCCAGGGUCAAUGUCGGUUGUAGGAGACGGCUUAUCGGAAGGAAAAGGGGAAGGAAACCAAUCCAGUAGCCAGGAAGUUGCUACUGUGUCUCAGCUCGAUUCAGGGGAUAUAGCAGACCACUUAUCAGAAAAGUCUGAAAACCAGAUAGAAGAAAGUAGCAAUGCUGUCAUGUCUCAGGCAAUGCCAGAUAAAGCAGACAGCUUAUUGGAAGCUUUUGAUAACCAGAAACAGGACGGAAAUGAAUCCAGUAGCUGGAAAAGUUAUGCUGUCACCGCGCACUCGUGUGUGGCUCAAGGGCCCUAUCAGACAAUAUCGGAUAUAGCAGAUGGCUUGUCGGAAGUUUCCAAAAACCAGAAACAGGAUGGUAACCUAUUCACUGAAAGUAAUGCUGCAACCAUUAAGCAAGUUCAGCUCCAGGCUCAAGAUACUGUGUGUGACAGUGCAGGACAGGCCGAGCCACGCCCUUCUUUGAAUGUGUGCAGUUUGUGGACUUGUGAUUCUUCAAGGCUAGAUUCUACUUGUGGCGACUCUUCCAGCUCUACAGAUUCUAGUGAUGAAAGUUGUAUUAUGGAUGAACAUUCUCAACACCAUGAAAUUGUAGAGAGAGGUAAUGAACAUGCAGAGGCUGAUUCUUUUGUUCCUCGGACUAAAGGAGAAACCUUGUACCAGGACCUUCCUCCUGUGGAAUGUUGUGAUGUACAGUUCCCUAAUGAUGGAAGACUUCUUCCUGUGGCAACAGUGUCACAUUACACUGAAAAACUCUUAAUAUUAUGCGGCCUACCAAAUACUCCACCAAUUGAUGAAGGAACAAUACUGUGGAAUAAAGCGCGGACAUCUAUAGCCAAGGUGUUUGAGACAUUCGGGCCGGUGAGAACGCCAUUCUAUUCCAUCCGAAUAAAUUCCGUUAAUGACCUACCUUCACUCGGUAUCACAUUCGGAGACGAAGUGUAUGUAAUUCCAGCUCAUCCUACGCUCACCAAGUAUGUGUUUCCCCAGGAGCUCAUGAAAUGGAGAGGCUCUGAUGCCUCCUGGAAGGAUGACAAUGAGGUUCCACCACAGUUACAGGAUUAUAGCGAUGAUGAGAAUGAAAAGAAAGCCUCUAAAAGAAAAGCAAACUUAAGAAAACCAAAGAAUAGAAAUGAAAGUUCACUCCGAGAAUUAAGGAGACAAACAGGUAUCAGUUUCACUGAGCCACCAAGACUGCCGCAAUCUGCAUCCAGGAGAGAACCUGUUCCUCAUUACCCCAGGUGCUAAAAGCCGUACCUGAUAUGCCCGAUCUUGUUUACAUUACCGUCCGAGGUUGGAGACCCGAGGAUGGUAUUGAAAUGGUUGAGGGGGUAUCCAGUACCGCUGUAGGAUGCAGUGGGUUGACCAUACUUGUAGCCCAAGAACACAGCUGCGCCGUUCUAGCUAGUUAUAGCAAAGGUUUACACGUCAAUCGCACACCCUGCUGACUGUUUGAAUGCCGACUAUAGUGUUUUCCCGUGGUCCCCGCAACUGAGGCUUGGCCUAAGCAAUAACUUGGUGGUUGGACUGCUUCACGGCAUUUAGAAUGGUAUAUCCACCACAGAUAACAACGGCCCGAAUCCUAUAGGUUUAUAACCGGUCGGGCGCUGUCCACUACCGUAAUGCUCUACGUAGUUCUAAAUAGGCGCCACAAAUUUCGCACAAUUGUAUCAUCAUCAUCACAUGUCAUAUCUCUCACUAGUCUCGUACCCAGCUGCUCCACCCACAAGGGGAAGGAGCGUCUGGCAGGUAUUGAUGCAAAACCUGGUCCUGAAGACGUCAUAUCCGUAGUAUCUGAACAAAUCUUCUAGUACGUGAUGCAUACAGGGCCCCGCCUACCAAAGUCCGCGAACUACAGAUGCACGUGACGUUGAUUUGCCAUUCUGCAAUCUGAUUGGAGAUCUCGUUUUCGAGAUUGAGGACCAAGAAAUAUGUCAACAGUUACAAGACCCCAUUUCCAUGUGAUGAGUGGGUGGGGUCUGGGUACGAGACUAAUCCCUCACUACUACCGCAGAGCAGUCAAAGCUCUACAUCAGACCGCCAGACACCAGGAAAUACUUGUGCUGCCGCUAACCGCAAGAGAGUCGUCGCGCAGCUCAAAGUGAGGUGUAGCUCCAGAGCAGCGACUAUUGAGAGACAGAGCCCGCAGAACUCAACAUCUACUGUGCGUCCAAAACAGCCAAAGAGCGAGAGACGCGCUUGUACCAACAUCGAGCGCGGGACCAGGCUUCCAGGAGGCAGCGUCUAGUCUCCGAGACUAUUAAUUUUGCCACAGCAUAGACCUGAAGUUAACCCCAACUCCCACGCAUCAAUGUAUGAUCCUGGAGGAGUGCAUGCCGCCUACAAUCCACAUUCAGGUGUUUAUCCCUUUCAACACAUGGGGCCUACCCCACCAAGUGGAAUGCUGCGACCUAGCCACUCUCAGGAAGUUCUCUUUUGGCAUCCUGCUCAAAGAUUAUUAGCACCACAAUACUACCAAUACCCACCAGCAAACUUUCCGUAACAGUAUUCACAUGUGUAAAAGUCAUUGACAUUUAGUUGGUAUGAAAUUUAAUUCGGCUAUAGAUAUUUAAUUGUGUUGAUUUGUCACUGGGUUGCAAGACCCUUGAUGCACAGUGUAUGAAGAUCUCUAUAGCAAAUAUAAUACAGUCUAACAAAAUCCUGCAAAACGAACAUGAGUAUGCAGUGUCAAAAUAAAUACAGCACACAAGAGACAUGAUUGUUGUGAUCCUAUGUACACUAAGGUUCAGUGUCAGUCCUUACAAAAAUAUUUUAAGUGUAAUAGGGUGCACUCGAAACCAACCAUAACUAUGUCGGCAUCAUUCAACAUACAUACGUACCCUUACAUGAUCGUAAAAUACUUUUGUGCGGGGUUUUCUAAAGCAUAAAUGUCAAUUAUUAAUAAUUAUGAUCGUGAGAAAAUCGAUA